CAUAUGUUUCAUGUGUGGUUGUUUGUCACACACACACAUAAUAGUAUAUAAUAUAACAAAUAAUAAUUUCCUAUACGCUUAAAAAAAACAAUACUCCUAUAACAGUACCAAGAAAGAUGGAAACUAAAAUAGGAGUAACAUAGAAACCUUUUCUCAAAAAAAUAGUAAAAAUAACAUAGAAACCGACAAGUGUAGAGAGAGAGAGGAUGACCGGGGGUGACAUAUCGGAGCUCGAAGCGCCGCUGCUAGACGACGUCGUCAGGGGCUCCGUUGAUUUCAAUGGGCAGCCCGCCGUGAGGUCAAAAUCUGGCAGCUGGAAAUCCGCCUCUUUCAUGAUCGGUGUUGAAGUGGCGGAGAGAUUCGCAUAUUAUGGAAUAAGUGCGAAUUUGAUAAGCUAUUUGACGGGGCCGCUGGGCCAGUCCACGGCGGCGGCGGCGGCGAACGUCAAUGCGUGGAGCGGCACGGCGUCGCUGCUGCCGCUCGUCGGCGGUUUCAUCGCCGACUCGUAUUUGGGCAGAUAUCGUACCGUUAUCAUUGCUUCUGUUAUCUAUGUCUUGGGACUUGGCUUCUUAACUAUAUCAGCUGCUCUUAGUGAAUCCUACAAUUCUCUAUGUGAAAGCACAACAAGCAACUCUGCUUGCUCGCCUCCUUUGCUUGAAGUCAUCUUCUUCUUCUUCUCCUUGUACCUAGUGGCACUCGCGCAGGGCGGCCAUAAGCCGUGUGUGCAAGCCUUCGGAGCUGACCAGUUUGAUGAGGAGGACAAGAAGGAGCGCUUAGCCAAGAGCUCCUUCUUCAACUGGUGGUACUUCUCAACGGCCGCUGGUGUCUUCGUAGCUCAGCUAGUUCUGAGCUACGUUCAAGAGAAUAUGAGCUGGGAGCUCGGGUUUGGGAUCCCGGGUGCUUUCAUGUGUCUGGCAUUGGUUCUGUUCUUGAUUGGAUCCAUGACCUAUCGUUUUGGGAGUAGUCACGAUGGAAGGAGUCCGUUUGUGAGGAUCGGGUUGGUUUUCGUGAGAGCAGCGCGGAGCUGGUACUCUUCGUCCACGGAGACAUCUUCUGCUGCUAAAGAGAAAGAUGGCAAGCGCCAUUUUCUCGAUAGAGCGCUUGUUGUAGGGCCGGAGAUGGAUGGGGGGGCGUGCACCAUCCACGAUGUGGAGGAUGCCAAGGUGAUCCUCAGGCUCGUGCCGAUCUGGUGCACGUGCCUGGCCUACGCUGUCGUGUUUUCCCAAGCCGCCACUCUGUUCACCAAACAGGGCGCGACCAUGGACCGUGCCAUCACGCCUACUCUCGAGAUACCGGCUGCUUCUAUGCAGUCGAUCAUCCACAUAUGUGUGGUCAUCUCCGUCCCGAUCUAUGACCGCGUCCUGGUUCCCUUGGCCAGGGCCGUGACCGGGAAACCUGCGGGGAUAACAAUGCUGCAGAGGAUCGGGACGGGGAUGCUCUUCUCUAUUAUGCUCAUGGUCACCGCGGCGUUCGUUGAGGCAGAGCGCCUCGCAACGGCCCGGGAGCAUGGGCUAGUGGAUGAGCCGGACGCCACGGUGCCCAUGAGCGCGUGGUGGCUGGCCCCGCAGUACGUGCUGUUUGGUAUUGCUGAUGUGUUCACCGUGAUCGGCCUCCAGGAGUAUUUCUACGAUCAGGUGCCGGCGGACCUCAAGAGCGUCGGCCUCGCCCUGUAUCUUAGUGUGUUCGGAGUCGGGAGCUUCUUGAGCAGCUUCUUGAUAACGGUGAUCGAUGGGGCGACGGCGAGCGACGGCGGGGACAGCUGGUUCUCAAGCAACUUGAAUAGAGGGCAUCUUGACUACUUCUAUUGGCUGCUGGCGGGGAUUAGUGCACUUACAAUGUUGGCGUAUUUGUACUUUGCGAAAUCCUAUGUUUAUAAGAGGAAAGACUAAAGUCACGAAUGCUAGAUCUGAUGAAAUAUAUUUAUCAAGAUUUUGUGUUUGGAGCAUUCCACGGGAUUGGCGCUUGUAUUUCGGCCAGUUAAGCUCCUCAAUCGGGAUUUCUAGAUGCUAUCUUAACCAAAUAUACGAGUGUAGCAUUUAAUAUACAUGCUAUAUAUUCGUAUAUCUUACUCUGAAGUCUGAAAUUAUCAUUUUUAUUUGACACCUGCAGUUAUACUUAUUUGAAAUUCUUUGUUAUUAUAUCAA